CACCUAGGACACAGGCACAGCAGAGCAACCUCCUCCCGGACAUCGAGAGCCGCCUCACUCUGCAGACACCAUGCCCCGACUGUGCGUGUGCACGCUGGCCGUGAUGCUGGUUCUGGCCACCCUCUCUGAGGCCUCCUGGAGACCCCGCUCCCAGCCGCAGGACACGCCCUGGGACCCGAUGGCUGGCAAGGACCUGCCAGGCCCCGCCUCUGCCCACCGGAGCCAGCUGGGGCCCCGGGGCCCCGCCCAGCUCCGCGCAGACCUGUCCAACAAGCGCGGGCCGUGGACCGAGGAGGAGGAGGUGUACGGGUGGAUGGACUUCGGCCGCCGCAGCGCCGAGGACCCGGACCAGCGUCCCUAG